UGUGGCUCUUUUUGCUCGGAGACGCCAGCAUUGAGGUUGCGAUGUCUCCGAGCAUCUGUUUCGUGUCCAUUGUGUCCAAGCUCAACUUGGUGGUCUUGCUGCUUUCUGUAAUAAGCUUCCCUUCAUGCUUAAGCGACAGAGUCACAGAGUUUGCUCUCACAAAAAAAGAAGAGAGCGAUUUGAAAGAACAGAACAAGAAAGAGGCAGUGACAGUGGAGGAUGAAGAGGAAGAGCUUGAUCCUGAAGACUUGGAAGUGUUUUAUCCAACCCAUCAGUGGCAAACAGUCCGGCUGGGUCAGGCUCUUCCUGCAGGAUUACAUGUGCAGUUAAAUCUUCAGACGGGAGAAAGGUUAGCCAGGCUUCCCAGUAAUGAAAAUGAAAAAACGGAUGAGAAAGAUCCUUCAAAAAAUAAAAGGUUGGGCCCCAUAGAUCUUGACCCAAGUUCAUUUACAACACAAGAGCUCAAAAAGGCAUUGGCUAAAAUGAAGGAGAGCACGAAAGCCGAUACGCUGGAACAAAAGGCUCAUCAGGAAGAUGUCAGACGAAGGUUCCGUUCUAUUGAAAAACUCAAGGAAGAGUUUAGGGAGCUGAAUAUGCAGCUGGAAACAGACUUUGAAAUUAUGUCUAAACUAAUCAACAGAUUCAACAGUACCACUUCAACGUUGGAAGAGAAAAUAGCGGCACUUUAUGAUCUUGAAUAUUAUGUUCAUCAGGUGGACAAUGCCAAAGAUUUGCUUUCCCUUGGUGGCUUACAACUUUUGAUUAAUGGGCUAAACAGCACCGAGCCACUGCUGAAGGAAUAUGCGUCCUUUGUGCUGGGAGCAGCUCUCUCUAGCAACCCCCGAGUGCAAGUAGCAGCCGUGGAUGGUGGCGCUUUGCAAAAGCUGCUGGUGGUCUUGGCCACCGAUCAAUCACUGGCUGUCAAGAAAAAGGCUCUCUUUGCUUUGUCAUCAAUGCUGUGAAACUGUCCCUACGCCCAGCAACAGUUCCUCAGACUUGGAGGACUUCAGAUACUCCGAGAUCUCUGCACGGAGAAUGGAAUGGAGACGCUACACAUCCGCAUUGUGACACUCGUCUAUGACUUGAUGACAGAAAAGCUGUUGCUCAAGGCGUCUCAAGACGACGACGACGACGACCACAUGCGGGAAAGAACGCAGCAGUACAGCCAGGUGAACUUGGGGCCCUCCAUCGUAGAACAGGGCUGGUGCGCCAUCAUUUCAAACCUCUUGAGGCUGCCGGAACACGACACCAGGGAGAAGGUCCUCAAGACGGUGCAUGCGCUGCUGGCCCUCUGCAGAGACAACUAUAAAGGAGACCACAGCCUCAACCACACCUUGGGCCUCCUGCGCCGAGAAUACGAAGAGCUGGCAGCAGAAGAACAAAGGGAAGGGGACGAAGACGGCUAUUUUAAGGAACUCCUGAGCUCUAUAAAUAGCAUCGCCCAGCAGCUAAAAUGAAGACUCCCGUAGCUUUGCAGAGAUGUAGAA